AUGUGGAGUGCCAUACUCCGACCAUCGCAUGCGCGAUGCUUUCGAACGCCCGGCCGGGCAUUCGCCAGUUCACUGAAUCGCGGACGAGUCAAUCCUCGUGGCUCUCGCAAUUCAAUUCGCAGACCAGAACCCAUCAGACGAAAUGCCCCAUCAUCGCAAUCCUCCGAUCCACAACAACAACAACAACAACAACAACAACAACAACAACAACAACAAAACCCUCCUUCCGACUCACCAAAUCCCCACUACGAUCCCUCUCAGAACACACUACUUGCCCCCGUUCACAUCCCGGAAGAUCCUCAUGGAGUGAUCAAAGAGUGCCACCCGGCAACAUCCAUUCUGGCAAAUUCGGGCCUGGUUGUCCAGCGCCAGCUAGAAUUGAUGAAUGUCUUGAUCGGGUUUGAACAAGCCAACAAAUAUGUUAUCAUGGAUGCCAAUGGAAACCAUAUCGGUUUCAUGGCAGAGCAAGAGAAAGGCAUGGGAAACAUGAUGGCGCGGCAGUGGUUCAAUACACAUCGAAGCUUUGUCACGCAUGUCUUUGACAAACAUGAGAAUGAAGUGUUGCGGUUCCACCGCCCAUUCUCAUGGAUCAACUCCCGUAUUCGCGUCUACGACCCUCUCGAGGUGGCUAAGAGUGCCCAUUCCACGUCCACGGCCCUACAGACCAAUUCCGCGAACUCACUAGCUCAAGCCUCCGGUGAUUCGAAUGCCCGCGUUUCGUCCCUCGGUUUCGAUGACAUGCGUGUUAUUGGCGAAGCCCAGCAGCAAUGGGCCCCGUUACGUCGCAAGUACAACCUCUUCACAUAUCACCAUUCGCCCAAUUCGGCCUUAGACAUGGGAACGAAGACGCUACCACUCGAACAGACCGGCUUGUCAAGCUCUCAGCAAAUGCAGCUGGUCCAGUCUUCGCAGGCUGGUCAGGCUACAGGUGCCUAUAACCAGUUCGCGUAUGUCGAUGAGCCUUUCCUGUCGUGGGACUUUGCUCUCCGUUCCGCUGACAGCCGGCUGAUUGGAUCUGUCAACCGGAAUUUUGCCGGGUUUGCACGCGAGUUUUUCACGGACACUGGUGUUUAUGCCUUGCGGAUGGACUCCGCCUCUCCGAGCGAGCAGACUCCCGAGCAGUCCGGCGCCGUGACUGCAAUGAGUCUAGACCAGCGCGCUGUCAUGCUGGCCACUGCAGUCAGCAUUGACUUCGACUACUUCAGUCGCCAUAGCGGCGCCGGCGGCUUUGGCUUCAUGCCCCUCUGGUUUCCUGGUUUCGGCGGAGAGGCUGCCGCCGGGGGAGCUGCCGCGGGAGGUGCCGCCGCAGGGGGUGCUGUCGCUGGCGAGGCCGGGGCCGCUGGAGCUGCUGGGGCCGUUGGAGAAGCUGCUGCAGGUACUAUCGGUAGGGCUGGGGCUGGGGCCGCCGGCGGCUUGGCUGAUGGUGCAAUGGCAGGCGCAGCAGGUGCCGGCGCCAUGGCCGGAUACGACGCCAUGUCGCGGGGCGUGGGAGGAACUCCACCAGCUUCUCCUCCCGACUCUCAAGCUGCACCUGGGGAUCAGCAACCUCCGGCACAAGGUCAGACGGGUCCAUACGGGGACGUCUGGGCAGAUGAACAACAAGAGAAACCCGGGGAUCAUAGAGAAGACCCGUGGGCGGAUGAGGAAGAUGAUGGAGGCGACGGGGGUGACGGUGAUAGUUGGGACUUCUUCUGAGGAGCAUGGUGAAGCCUUGACUCGCGGUUUACAGACGUAUCACAAGGCAUGUUGAGCUGGUAUAGCUUCGACAAGCCAAAGAACAUGCUGUGAGAAGACCGACCACCUAGAGGUGAAAGUUGUCAACAGUGUAAAGGCUUGUCAAGUCAUUGGCAGCUAAAGGACCAAGAAUGACUUCGAUCUGGAUGACGAUGAGGAACGAUUAGCAUAUCAAGAGCAUUGUGAAUUGCUCUCUUGAACCGCUCGAGCACUUGGCAUAGUUAAGUACUCCGGGUAUCCAAGCACUCCCACUACAAAGGUGUUGACGAGAUAUGGAAAGUUAGGCUAGUAGCUUAUACUCAGAUGCAAAAUGAAGGCGUCGCCACUCAAUGUAUC